AAAAAUAUUAAUUAAACGACGGAUUAAACAAUGAUUUCAUGUUUACCUUUUGGUUUUUGAGAGUUCAAUAGGAUAAAGAAUUUAUUAGCAGAACGUUUGACUACAAGAUGUUUAUUUUUAUUAGAAAAGAAGUGCUUUGGGUUAAUAUAAUUUGCUUGUUUUGUGUGUCAUAUGCCAUACAAGUAUCUGAAACUACAAAGGUGAAGUUAUUCAGUGGAAAUAAUAUUGAAUACGAUGAAGGGGGCAAUGAGAAUGGAAGAGAAUUGUCGAGGUCAAAACGACUUAGUGCAUUAUCUGUAACUAAUUCCACCGAAUCAAAUUCUACGGCAGGAAACCCAAAUAUAACAACACACAAUAACAUUUCACAGAGUUCCUCUUCAGAAAGCCCUCAUCUAGUGUUUGAAAUAGGCCCUUCUGAUUCAAGUAUCUUGUCUGUAGUGGCUGUGAAUUCAUCUUCAUCGAUGCCAAUAGCUAAUGCAUCUGUUCCUAGUCCAUCAGACCCUGCACCAUUACCAGAGAAAAGUUCUGCUGAAGAUGAACAUAACAGUUCUAUGGCUAUCUUCUUCGUACUGUGUAUUCUUGCCCUUGGAAUAUUAUUAAUACAUCUCAUGUUACAGACUGGUUUUUCAUAUUUACCUGAAAGUGUUGUUAUUGUAUUUCUUGGUGCAUUGAUAGGCAUGAUUAUCAACCUCAUGUCCAUUAAAAACAUUGCUAAUUGGAGAAAAGAAGAAGCAUUUUCACCAACUGCUUUCUUCCUUGUUUUAUUACCUCCCAUUAUUUUUGAAUCAGGCUAUAACCUACAUAAAGGUAACUUUUUCCAAAACAUUGGAUCAAUACUGCUAUUUGCCAUUGUGGGAACUGCAAUAUCAGCUUUUGUGAUUGGGGCUGGUAUAUAUUUAUUAGGAUUGGCUCAAGUUGUGUAUAAGUUAAGUUUUGUUGAGUCCUUUGCAUUUGGUUCUCUGAUAUCUGCUGUUGACCCUGUUGCUACUGUGGCAAUUUUUCAUGCCCUGGAUGUGGAUCCUGUUCUUAACAUGUUGGUUUUUGGUGAGAGUAUACUCAAUGAUGCAGUUGCAAUUGUUUUGACCACAGCAGUCUUGGAUUCAAAUGAUCCUAUCAUGUCAACUGGAGAAGCUAUUCUGUCUGCUAUUCAUCGUUUCUGGUUAAUGUUCUUUGCCUCUGCUGGCAUUGGAGUUCUCUUUGCUCUAGUCAGUGCUCUUUUGCUUAAACAUGUAGACUUACGAAAAAAUCCUUCACUUGAAUUUGGAAUGAUGUUGGUUUUCACAUAUGCCCCAUAUGUAUUAGCAGAAGGAAUACAUUUGUCAGGCAUAAUGGCAAUCUUGUUUUGUGGAAUUGUAAUGUCACAUUAUACUCAUUUCAAUUUGUCAACUGUAACUCAAGUCACUAUGCAACAGACCAUGAGAACUUUGGCCUUUAUUGCUGAGACAUGUGUUUUUGCAUAUUUGGGAUUAGCUAUAUUCAGUUUUCGUCAUCGUGUGGAACCAGCGCUGGUGGUAUGGAGUAUUGUGAUGUGCCUCCUUGGUAGAGCUGCAAAUAUCUUUCCUCUUGCUCUUUUAUGUAACAAGUUCAGAGAGCAUAAGAUCACAAAAAAGAUGAUGUUCAUUAUGUGGUUCAGUGGUCUUAGGGGAGCGAUUUCGUAUGCCCUGUCUCUACAUCUUGGGUUUUCAGAUGAAACACGUCAUGUUAUUAUUACAACUACGCUUAUUAUAGUGUUGUUUACAACUUUAUUCUUUGGUGGUUCUACAAUGCCUUUAUUGAAGUUUUUACGGGCAAAUAAAAAACCUAAGCGAUCACGAUCUUUACGCAAACAAAAGGAAGUCAGUCUGUCAAAAACGAAGGAAUGGGGCCAAGCUAUUGAUUCUGAGCACUUGUCUGAAAUAACUGAAGAGGAAUUAGAGGUCAACUACUCCCAUGCUACAAGGUUAAAAGGAUUUGUGAGGUUGGAUAUGAAAUAUCUUACUCCCUUCUUCACUAGACGGUUCACGCAUCAGGAGCUCAAGGAUUGCAAGAGCCAGAUGACGGAUCUUACCAACCAAUGGUAUCAAGCGAUUAGAAUAACUAACGAUCGUGAAACUGACGAAGAUGACAGUUUAGAGCCAAGCUCACUGUCCAACUCUCGAAGCAGUUUACAAAGAGGAGUAUAAAUUAUGUUUAUUAGCAAAUUUUCAUUUUAUUCUAGCACAGUAAUCGUGAUUUAAUGUAUUUUAUAACACUACAUUCACUAUCAAUAAAAUUGAUUUUACGAUAUACGCUGCCAUAAGAUGACUAUUAUAAUUUUCGUUGUUCAGUCGUGUGUGUAUAUUACAUAAUAAUUAUGUACCUAUUUAUGUUUGACAGUUGAAAAUUCUUAAGCUAGCACUGAGAGAAGUCAAUGAACUUUUAAGUUUAAAGCUAUUAGUUUCUUUGUGAUAAUAAUAGAAUAUGAAUACGUCACUUGAUGAAGCGUUAAAUUUAAUUGCCGACUCUCGAGUGCAGAAUAGCGCCGUACGCUUUUUGAUAGACCAGCCCACCUAGCAACGCGAUAUAGCUCGUUUUUAUCACGCUCAAUUAUUAAAUUACUACGGAGUUUGACAGUUAGGCGCUAUAAAAAUACGUGAUAUAAUGUUAAUUGUGGUGCUGAUUCUACGGGGACUGGGGACGUAUUAUUAAAUUUUUAACACGAGGCAAAAACAGAAGUGGGAUGCCAUGAUAACCUGUGAUAUCACAAAAACAUAAAUUACCUAGUAUUAUUAGUUUACAUGGUCUCUGACAAAGCGAAAGAAAGUACACAAUUAUACAUUUCAUAGCAGAAAAUUUAUUUGGCCAGAAGGCGAUUGAUAUUGAUGCUAAUAUUUAUUUUAAAUGUAUGUUAUAACGAUAUUUAGUCUGAAUUGUGAUAGUAUAUAUAUGUAUUUAAGUCUUUGUACCUAUUACAGAGCAAGAAGCAUGCAGGACAUGCAGUAUAAAUAAAAUGGUUACUUAUUAAUUUUUAUUAUAGAAGGUAAAAACAUAAUUUUAAUAAUAUACUGGCUGUUAAAAAAGACAGUGGUUGGAGGAAUAGAAUUUGAUGAUGGCAAACUUUACUGAAAAACAACAUUCCUAUAUAAGUAGGAAUAAUUAAAACUGAAUUUAAAGAUUUUUGACAAAUCACCGGGCAUCAAGCAGUUGAAUUGUGAAAAACAAUCAUAGAAGAAUUGAAAACCGAACUUCACAAUAUUAUUUUUAUAUCACCAUAACUCGAUAAAAGGCUACACGUAGCGACUUCAGUCGAAGAUAACGUCUGUGGAUACGUGAAAGUGAGUCUCAUUUUGAGCCAAUUCAUAAGUAAACUACGCUCUUUUGGUCGGUAAUGAGUAAGCUUUAUAAUAAAAAAAUCUUGGUCUUUCUUUAAGUUGCUUCCUAUGUUUAAAAGAAAUUCAUCUUUAUGAUUGACUCUUUCGGUUGGUAUUAUAAAAUGAAUGUUUGCAGGAUGUUUUUUUUCACUGGUUCGAUAACCGGCUCAAGCUCAGGGUUGAUUUUUAAAAAUCUUUAUAUGUAAUUUUAAUUAUUUUUGAAAAUAAAUGCGUGUUUCCUUUUAGUAAAGUUUGCCAAAAUCAAUCAAUAUUAAGGGUACUUUUCCUCUAACCACAGUCUUUUGUUUCCACCCUGUUAGUAUAAUUAAUAACAAAAAAAAUAUGCUUAUUACUAUGAAAUUAUAUUUUAUUCUACUAAUACACACAUGAAAAAAGUCUAAGCAACACACAUCAUUCAUUGAAACUGUAUUUUUCUAUUAAUUG